CCCGUACCGCGCGCCGGCCGGAGACUACUCGAUCGGCAAGUCGAAACAUGCUUUCGCGGAGAAGCAGCAACCUCGUGUUGCUGGCCAUCACCAUCGCCCUCCUCGCCAUCCUCCUGCUGUACCUGCUCUACCGCCGCUGCCGGUCGCGCCUGUCAGAGCGGCGCGCUCGCCACGACGAUGAGCCGCUUCCUACCCCUCACCUCGGGCUGAGCAUGCACGGCAUCGCUGCGCUCCCCACGUUCACGUACGGGGCGCGGGCGGCGGUGGUGGAGUGCGCCGUGUGCCUGCAGGAGCUGGAGCACGGUGACGUGGUGCGCGUGCUGCCGGCGUGCACGCACUUCUUCCACAGCAGCUGCCUCGACCCCUGGCUGCGCGCGCACGCAUCGUGCCCGGUGUGCCGUGCACACCCGGAGCCAGAGCGCCUGCGACCGGACGGGGCUGCCCUUCCGCCGCCGUUGCCGCAGCUGCGUCACUGUGAACUGUCGCCGGAGAGGCCUACAUCGACAAGGAUCUUCGCACGAUCGCCGCUGAGGAAUGGAGGCUCGACGAGCGGGUCGAAUGACAGGGUCAUCUCCAGGUCGCCGUCACGGGCACCCAUGGUGGACGAGGCGUGUUCAUUGGAACGCACAGAUGCGAGCGGCAUCGCCAUCCCCGCCGGCGACGUUUAAGUAGGUACAGGAACAGAGACAGCAAAUGUUACAUUCAGUUGCACCGUGUGCAGUGAAUAAAAGGAACAAUAUCAUAGACACCAUGCAAUACUUAGAUGUUCAUUUUGGAGCUUGU